AUGGGAAGAUCACCGUGUUGUGAAAAAAAUGGUGUCAAGAAAGGUCCAUGGACUCCUGAGGAAGACAUGAAACUCAUUCAAUACAUUCAAGAACAUGGUGCAUGCAAUUGGCGAAGUCUUCCAAGAAAUGCUGAGCUUCAAAGAUGUGGAAAAAGCUGUCGUCUUCGUUGGACAAAUUAUCUAAGACCUGGUAUCAAGAGAGGGAGAUUUUCAUUUGAGGAAGAAGAGACUAUUAUCCAGCUUCACAGUGUUCUUGGAAACAAGUGGUCCGCAAUAGCUGCUCGGUUGCCUGGAAGAACGGAUAAUGAAAUCAAGAAUUUCUGGAACACUCACAUAAGAAAGAGAUUUCUUAGAAAUGGGAUUGAUCCGGUGACUCAUGCUCCACGACUCGAUCUUUUAGAUCUCUCAUCACUUAUAAAUUACUUGCCACGGAUUAAUGUUUCGAAUCUACUUCGACUUCAAACCCUGCUAAAUCCAGAAGCCCUAAGGUUGGCAGCUAGUCUUCAGGGAAAUCCUGAAUUAUUAUUGGCAAAACUUCAGGAAAACCAUAUAAUAAAUUCUCAGUUACAAAACCAGACCCCAGUUUUCCAAACUGAUCAGUUUCAAAAUAAUUUUGAUCAACAAAUACCUAUUUGCGAUCCAUCCACCGAUCUUCCUACAGCUACUUCAAUUUCAAAUCAAAAUCUUUUCAUGCAAGGGAAUAUGGGACAGUUUUCUAUGAACUCAGAAAACUUGAGUGGCCAAUCAUUUCAAGAUUUUGUUGAAACUUUCUGCUGUGGAACAUCUGAUCAAAUACAGGAAGAUUUAUCAGAAAAAACAAGUUUUAAGUCCUUGAACAGCGGCAGCAAUAGCAGCCAUAAUUUCAACUUUGAUUCAGUUUUGUCGACGCCUCUAUCUAGCCCAACUCCUCUAAAUUCAAACUCAACGUAUAUUAAUGGCAACACAGAAGAUGAGAGAGAAAGUUAUUGCAGUAACCUGUUAAAGUUUGAAAUACCAGAGGGUUUAGAUUUUGAUGAUUUCUUGUAA